AUAAAAAGCUUUACAUGAUUAAGCGAAAGGCAAAAUUCGACAAGAAAAGGCCAACGAUCACUUUCUCUGAGCUUGGAAAGCAUCGAUUUCACGGAAUUUCGGCUCUCUUAUGCUCUCGUCUGAUGCUGUGAGGAAAUCUGACUUGGCUUUUAUGCUCUUUGUUUGUGUGUAAAUUGCGGAUUUCUGGUAUCUAUAGUAUCUAAAGGUGUAGAGUGUAGACUUACCAUCGCAAGACAUUUAAGGGUCUGCCCUGUUAUGGUCCUGCUCAUCGGGUAUUAGUCGACCGAGACUCUUAAGAGAUAGGGCUCUUUGCAAUUAGGAAUUCCUAAUGGGGGACUCGGCGCAUAGCUCUGAGUUUGGUAAAAGCUCUGAGAGGGCCAGUAUUAUUUCUGAAAAUAAGUUAUCUAAAAGUAAAAGUUAUUUAGUUGCUUCUACCCAUAAAGCCUCUUCACAGCCUUUUCGGAAAAUUGUUUCAAUAAGCCAUGGGAAAAGUGGAAAUGGUGCAUUUUUCGGCAAUGCUGCGUUGUUUCUAUUGAAAGUUGCUGCGCUAGAGACUGUUAGGAGGUUUUCAAAGGCCAAGUGUCCUUUCGCUUGGCGCGGUCUUCAGGCUCUGCAAGUUCUGUGCUAUCCACCAUUCAAGUGGAUUCAGAGAUUUGCUCCCUUCAAGGGUUUGGUCAAGGGCAUGCAGAUGAUUUCAAAGCCGUUACUGGUACUUUCAAUUGCAACAGCAUUCUCCGAAGAAGCAGAAUCAAGUGAUAGCACGUCCGGUAGUGCACAUGAAACUAGUGCAUGUCCAGAGGUGCCUUCAGAGAUAUCUUCUGUGCAGACAACUCUCGAGACAAGGCCGUUCGUUGAAUGUCCUCAAACUGUAGCAUCUGAAAUGUGGUUGAUCCAAUUGCAAAAGGAGCUGGAAAAGCAAGGGAUUAGUUUGCCAGAAAGAAUUAAUGAGGAUGAACUCCGUAGGUUUUACACAGCUGCAAAUGGCGACUUUCCGCGCUUUCUAGCUUCAAUUAAGAAGACAAUCCGUUGGAGAGAGACUUAUAGAAUUCUUUCAGCAGAGGAGCUGCAGAUCUGGUCAAGCGUGGUCUUCUGGCAUGGAUCUGAUGUGAAACAACGACCUUGCCUCAUAGUACGGCUUGGCUUCGCUUGCGUCGGCUUGCCUCCUCCAGACAGGCCUCGUGUUGCUCAAGCAGUCAUAUCUCAAGUAGAGCACGGAGUCUUGCAUUUAGUUGAUCCAGAAAACUCUGAAAUUACGGUUCUGGUGGAUUGUGAAGGUUUAUCUCCAUUUAAAAUUCCCAUGCAAAUUUUGCGAACUUGUUCUACUCUUCUUCAAGAUCACUUCCCAAACCGUCUUGGAUGUUUGUUUGUCAUACGGCUUCCUCCAGUUCUUCGAGUUUUUGCGCAGACCUUUAUACAGAUGCUAAAGCCCGUGACACGAAAAAAAUUGAAAAUUGAAGGGGAGACGUACAGGAAGGUACUGUCUGAGUACCUCCGGACACCACCGUCAUAUCUUGGUGGCAAAUGCACAUGUGAAAGAUGCUCUGAGAUCGGCAACAUACGCCAUUCUCGUCCUAGAAAUGAAAUUCCUAGAACAGAAAUGACGGAGAGCAUUUACGAGGGUGGAACUCCACUUUCACUGAAUCCAACUUAUGAGACCGUUGGCUUGAGUGGUAGCUGUGACCAGGUGGUGAGAACUGCUAUAAUAAGCAUUCUCAUGUUCUGGGUUCUCCUAGCUCUUAUUGCUGGAAUACAUGACCCUGAAAGCCGUCCUUUUUUUACUUCUACAUGAGAUGAGACCAUAAGAGCCACCGGCCUUUUCCUCUCUCUUGGCACUUUUUUCUUAAUCCCAAGAAAUCCAUAUUUUGUAUGUUAAUAGAAUUCUCAAUUAUAAAUUCACUACAUUUUUCUGUUAUUGUUAUUUUGCAAGUUGAAGCUUUAUAAUUGUCUUGAUACAUAUGUCUACAAAUAUAUGGUUGUUAAGAACAUUCGAUCUUAC